GCUUCAAAUCAUUUUAGUCACGUGACCCAUUGUUUCAGAUCAUACUUCGGUGCAGUGUUUCGAACACUUGCGCUUCUGGAUCUCGAUAACGAAACGCCAGUUUUGUGACAGCCAUCCCUAAAUAGUGGAAUCCUUAACCUUAGAGGUCCCUAUAUGACACACCCACCAAGCAAUCAUCACAACGACUCUGAGCGGCGACUGCGGAUCAUAUAUUGAAGGACAUGACAGAGGCCUGUUAUUAGUUAUGAUUUAUGGUGAUAAUGAAGAGAUGAAGAUGCGCUGCUAAGACUGCAUAAAGAAUGUGACCAGUGUCAUGGAAUAUAAUGAAAGACUUGCACGUUUUCGCCAAGGUCACGUCAACCCAUUUGACAGGGAUGAGAUCGACAGCCAAACUGAGGGGAAGGAUCCUCCUAAAGAUGGGGUGAAGGCAGAGAUCUUCUCUUCUGAAAUCAAAUCUCAAAAUUCAGAUCCCCCAAUGGAUCUGGGCUUGGCUGAAGAUCACUUUUCUCGACCUGUGGGUUUGUUUGUGGCGUCUGAUGUAGAGCAGCUGAAACUUGCCAUAGAGGAGUGCAAGAGACUGAUCCUGGAACUACCAGAGCAUUCAGAGAAACAAAAAGAUGCAGUGGUCAAGCUUAUCCACCUUCGACUUAAACUACAAGAACUACAGGAUCCCGAGGAAGAUGAGCCCAACCUGCAGGUUAUGUUAGAGCAUCGCUUCUCAAAGGAGAAGAGCAAGAGUGUGAAACAGAUGUGUGACAAGUGUAGCACCAUUAUAUGGGGUCUCAUUCAAACUUGGUAUACCUGCACAGGUUGCUAUUACCGCUGCCAUAGCAAGUGCAUGAGUCUUAUCAACAAACCAUGUGUGAGAUCAAAGGUCAGCCAUCAGUCUGAGUAUGAACUCAACAUCUGUCCUGAGAUUGGUCUGGACAAACAAGACUACAGAUGUUCUGAAUGCCGGACACCCAUUUCAUUGCGUGGUAUUCCUAAUGAGGCACGUCAGUGUGAUUAUACCGGUCAGUAUUACUGCAGCAGUUGCCACUGGAAUGACACUGCCAUCGUUCCAGCAAGAGUCAUACACAACUGGGAGUUUGAACCCCGUAAGGUGUGUCGUUCCUCAAUGCGUUAUCUUGCUUUAAUGAUGCCCAGGCCUGUGCUCAGACUGAAGGAGAUUAAUCCUCUGCUUUUCAACUUUGUGGAGGACCUGGUUGAGAUCAGAGCCCAGAGUGCGGAGACCGCCCACACCAGCACCCAGACGGCGGUGCACUUUGGCGGAUCCGCUAAAGGAGGGCGCCUAUCAGGAUGGAGGGGCGGAGUCUAAACCCUUGGCUGGUUCUCAGACAGCACCAGGGCUCUCUCCGGUUCAAUUGGUUGGUCCUGCUGGCCCCGGGGGUAUAGUGGGAGGGUCUAGGCCGAUGUAUUGGCGCUGCGGGCACGAGGAUAGCGCACCAAAGAGUUGCUCUGCAAAGGAAGUGUGUGCGUUGAUCCGUGUCCCCGCCAUGCCAAUCAUCGCCCCCGGUCGCGACAGGCUAUACCGGAUACCUGUGAGUAUUAUAGGAGGUACAUAUCAAGCUUUGGUGGAUUCGGGUUUUAACCAGACCUCCAUCCAACAAAGCCUGCUUCAAGACCCGGCAUUGGAAACAAGCUGCACGGUAAGGGUAAGGUGUGUGCACAGGGAUGUAAUUCACUACCCACUAACAGCGAUAGAUAUUUAAUUCUGGGGUAAAAAGCAUAGCGUAGAGGUAGCAGUUAACCUGCACCUCAAACACCCGCUAAUUCUUGGAACUAAUUGGCCUGGAUUCAAUAGAUUAUUAGGGGUCUUACAGUAUGUGCGGGUGUUUCUUGGAAAAAAAAACGCCGCAUUAGGGUUGUUUCGCUCAGCUGGGGAAAUCCCAAGUGGUGACGUCAAUGGCUGACUUGGGGGAAGGGCUGGGAAUUUCCCAGUAAAAAAGACUUUCCCCUGGAGCAGUCGCGGGACAACACACUGAGACAUGCACUCGAAAAAUUGCAGGUUAUAAAUGGGCAAAACCUCCAGCCUGAUCGGCCCCUCUCCUAUCCGUAUUUUGCGACGUGUUCUCACAGAAAUUGUAAAUAUUUGAAAUUACUUAAAUAAU